CAACUGUGGAGGGAGUAGGUUAUUGCCCAGCCUAGCCUGAAGACAGUUAGUUACUGAUUGAGGAACCUGAGAGUUGAACUGAGGGUUGUGAGGACAGCAUCGUGCGCAUUGGUUCUCGUCCCUGCUGGUCGGGGUACGAGUAGGGAGCUGGUCUCACCUAACAGAGGCGUCCAGGAGACUGCCCUCCAUGUUUUCUCUAGCUGGUGUCUUCUGCAACAGGAUGAGCAAGAUCCAGGUGGUGGAGGGAUAUAGGGUUGGAGGGAGGCAUGAGGCGGCGGGGUCUGAAGCAGCUGCUGCGCAGGGAUACGUAAAGGAGUUUACGCGCCACUCCAAUGACGUCCUGCUGAAUCUGAACGAGCUGAGGCACCAGAACAUUCUGACCGAUGCCACCCUGGUGGUGGGCACUGCCCGACUGCAGGCACACUGUGCUGUGCUCAUUGCAUGCAGUGGGUUCUUCUACUCCCUGUACUCCCGUCGUGUGUCCUCUCCUGGAUGGAGUGGUGCUGGAGGCCAGGCCCUGACCCUGUCACUCCCUGACUCCCUGGACCCCUCCAGCGUCUCCCUGGUCCUGGACUUCAUGUACACCUCCCAGCUGCCACUCACGCCACGCACAGUCCCCGGAGUGCUCUCCGUCGCCACCUACCUGCAGAUGGACCACGUGGCUGACGCCUGCAGAGCUUUCAUGUUACACAGUGAGAGGAUGAGAGGGACGCCCCCUCAAAUGAAGCUGGACUCCACGGUGUCUGUAAUGUCUGCAGCACUCUCAGGGGGAGCUCCUCUUAAUCCCCCUGUCAAUGGAAGACCCCGCCCAUCUGUCCUCGUUGUCUCCACCCCCUCCCAGUCCGCAGCGGAGGCCGAGGGUCGUAUGUGUCAUGACUCGGCCAGGGUCCCUGGAAACUUCCGGGCCUGUCUGCAGCCAGGGACUUUCCUGACCCGCGAGCCCAGGUCAAAGGAACUAAAGCAGGAGCCUGAAUCACCCAUCCUGGCUUCCACCCCAUCUCCAGACAGCCCGUCUCGCUCCAGCUGUCAGCCCAACUCUCCUGCGGAGUCCAACACCUGUAAUCUAGGUGAACCCAAGCGCAACCCUGACCCCAAAGCCUGCAACUGGAAGAAAUACAAGUACAUUGUCCUCAACCCCCUAUGUGCUAAAAACACAAUGAAGGAGGAGGAGCCUGAGGAGGGCCGGCAGCAGCUUGACCACAUCCCCACCUCUGAUAGGAUGGAAGUGACAUUGAAGCCACCUAUGGAGGCGUGGCCAAGGGAAGGAUCCGGACAAAAUGAAAGGUUUGUCACUGACAAUAUUCUUUCCUCCUGCUAUGAUGUCCCUGUGCAGCCCUCCCUGGUUCCCCACCCAGGGCUGCCAGCCCACCCUGUGGAACCCCCCAUGGAGCCCCCCACCCACAAGGAAGGAACAGUCUUGCCUUGCUGUCUGGCACCACACCCAUUGGAGCCAGAGGCCGCCCACCACUGCCAACACCCAAUUAAGCGUGAGAAUUACGGCUUGCCAUUCUGUUACUCCGGCAACCUGAGCGUGAUAAAGACUACCUGCACAGCCCCCAUUGUAGGAGACAAGCCUUAUCGCUGCAACGUGUGCGGUGCCCAGUUCAACCGGCCCGCCAACCUGAAGACGCACUCCCGCAUCCACUCCGGAGAGAAGCCCUACCGCUGUGAUACCUGCGGGGCCCGAUUCGUUCAGGUGGCCCACUUGCGAGCCCAUGUUCUGAUUCACACGGGGGAGAAGCCUUAUCCCUGUCACACCUGCGGCACUCGCUUCCGUCACCUGCAGACCCUGAAGAGUCACCUGCGCAUUCACACUGGAGAGAAGCCUUACACUUGUGAGAAGUGUGACCUGCACUUCCGCCACAAGAGCCAGCUGCGUCUCCACCUGAGGCAGAAGCAUGGCGCCGUCACCAACACCAAGAUCCGCUACAAGGUCCUGACCGACCCCUACCAGCCCAUCCUGCAGGCCUGUUGACGGUCCUCCCUUUGACCCAUAACCUUUAACCCCUUACCAUAACCCCACAGAUACCAAGAACAACCCCAACAUUUAUGUCAAUCAAAUCAUGAUUGUUUAUCAGUUUCCACCCUGGUUUCUCCUGUGUUGUUAUUGUCCAUGGCUCUGUCCCAAAUGGCAGCCUGGGCCUGGUUGCAUAAAACACCUUAAGUUCCUUUUCCCCUUAUCUGUUCACUUACAGUUUUCUUAACUUUAAAUCAGUUGAACAAAACAUUUUAAAAAGUGAAUUUCUCCCUUAAAUUAAGUGAAAAAGUUAAUGGUGCCCAUGAGGUCCGUUAACUGCUUCAUUCAGUUUGGAUAUCAAUGUAAACAGAUUUUGUGGAUGUGAAUGUUACUUUCAUCUGCUCUGGUUACAAAAGGAAAACGUCAACCAGCUAGCUACUUAGCUAAACAAUGGAAGGUGCACGAUCCAUGGCUACAAAAGGAAAACGUCAACCAGCUAGCUACUUAGCUAAACAAUGGAAGGUGCACGAUCCAUGGCUACAAAAGGUAGCUGGCUAGUUAGCUAUAGCUACUCUGUUAACUAGCUUGAAAUACUAGGAAGUAAUAUAAACAAGUUGAGAAAAAAGUAACAAGAAACUAGGUUUAUUAUCUUCUGAAGCAAUUAAGUUCCAUUUUGAUAUCUCACAAAAUGAAAAUGACCUCUUUGACGAGAGGUUAAGUCAGUGAAUCAGACUAAGCCCAUGGUAACCAGAUACUCUGCCUGCCAUACAUGCCUUUAAAUUACAGUAAAAAGAAAAUAUUUGAGGGGCUCUAUGCAACACCUUUAAACAAUUCCCUUAGGCAAGGGACAAUUAUUUCUUAAUGUAAAGCCUUAAGGGAAACACUUAAUGUUUUAUGCAAACGAACCCUGUACAUUAUAUAGUGCACUACUUUUGACAAGGGCUCAUGGAGCCUACAGGAAUAGGAUGCCAUUCAAAACUGCCUGGCCCCAUCAAAACUGCCUGAUUGAGAGCUCAGCCUCGCCCCUCAAAAACAUGAGCUCAAGUAUGUUUCACUCAAGUAUGUUUCACUCACUGGCUAGAGGGGCCAUUAUAAACACAUAUACAUGACUAGUUGUAAGCCAAUCAAACCAUGAUGUUGUAAAGGAUUUGUGGAAAGGCGGCCGGCGCCAGAGAUCGGAGCUGGUAUGUAGAUAGAGGAGAGGCAUUGUCAUCCUAAGGUAUUGAGCUGGAGGCGGUCUCAGGCCGCUUUAAGCGUUAGGUGGAUAACAUGUCAAGAGAGCUGUCGAAAGUUACUGGGAGAGUAUGAUAUGUUUUUGUAUCCAAGGAGGUGCUUUGAAAAGUUGAGAGUUUGGAGGUUAUGAGUAGAGAGUGAUUGAGACACAGACAGAGCUAGACGAGAAGGGAGAAAAUGAGGAUGAAGGACUAAGGAGUGUGGCUAGAAGAGAAAAUACAUUUGACAUGGUUGGUUGGAAUCAUGAGAUGAGGAAUGGACUUUAUUAGAGUGACGGAAAGAAUGUUAUAGUAAGUUGUAGAGUUGAAUAGAGCAAGUGAAAGAAAGUUCUGCGACAAUGCUUUGUUUAUUUUCAAGUGCUACAGCUCAUUUUUAGGGACCGGGACACAUUGUUGAGUAUUUGAGAUGGCAAUGCCACAAAGAUGUCAUUGCAUAACAAUACAGAGAUAGGUAAUAAUGCCCUAAGAACAAAGGUAAUAAUGCCCUACGAACAAAGGUAAUAAUGCCCUACGAACAAAGGUAAUAAUGCCCCAAGCACUAACGUGUGAAUAGACUACCCCGACUGUGUCAGCUUUAAAUAGCUUUUUAACUAAUGUUUAUUUUUUACACACUAAAACCAAAGGCCUGGGGCCUUUGUCUAAUGUAUAUGACAGGUGUCAUAUAAGAUAAGAUGUUUUGCCCAUUACAUCCGUUCUGUAUUUUUCUAAAGGUUUUUAUUUAAAAUGGCAGACUAUAACUUGUCAUCAGUGCAGAGUCCGAGCAGGCAAAGGACUUCCGUCUCUUGUGUAUGAAGGAAUAUCUUCUCUCAGAGCAUAAAAGCUAGAUAAUGAGACUGUAAAAAUGGAUGAGAGAUGAUAUUGAUAUUUGAAAAUGUAUGGUGUUCUUUUGCUGGACAAAGACAAGGACUGUUUUAUACUAAUUAAAUUAAAUUGAUUGACCUUAACUACAAA